UCGGUUUAAUUUACUAUUCUCCUCGAUCACACCUCUGUUUUCACUUCUCUUAAGUAUAUUAUUUGAGUGCUAGCUAUAAACAGGAACAAGUAUUGUAUAGAGAUUGAAUAUUACUAGUGACGUGGUGGUGGAUUUCUGGAGUUAUGAAAGGGAAAGCAUCAGUUGUGGGCAGAAGAAGAAGCCGAAUUUCGAUUGUAAAGUUGAUGCUUGCCAUCCUUUUGCCUUUUCUCUUCCUCAGACUUGCUUUGUUCCUAAUAGAAUCCGCCUCUCUUUGCUCCUCUUCUUUCGGUUGUAUGGGACCCAAGCUUUCCGGCGGGAGUGAAUCAUCACGACUCAUAGAGCAGCUGACGAAGGCGUUACUAGAAGCAAACAAUGGCGAUGAAGUAGUGGAAAAAACUUUUGGGGUUUCUCCUGAGUCAUUCGGUGAUCUAAUUAAAGAUGUUAUGUCAAGUAAACAAGACAUCAAGGCCUUCGCUUUUAAGACCAAGGCAAUGAUAGCACUUAUGGAGCGCAAAGUCCAGUCAGCCAGGAGGCACGAGCUCAUCUACUGGCAUUUAGCUUCGCACGGUGUUCCCAAAAGCCUGCACUGCCUUCACCUGAAGUUAGCUGAAGAAUAUGCUGUAAAUGCCAUAGCAAGGUCUAGCUUACCUUCACCUGAAUACGUCUCUAGGCUGACUGACCCUUCAUUCCAUCAUGUUCUUCUCUUGACAGACAAUGUGCUUGCUGCCUCGGUUGCCAUCACUUCUGCCAUUAAAAAUUCUAUCAGCCCUGAGAAAAUGGUGUUCCAUGUAGUGACAGAUAAAAAAACUUACACUCCCAUGCAUGCAUGGUUUGCAAAAUUUCCCGUUGAUUCCGCAGUUCUCGAAGUUAAAGGAUUGCAUCAGUAUGACUGGUCUCAUGAAGUGAACUAUGGGGUGAAGGAGAUGCUAGAGAUCCACCGCCUUAUAUUAAGCCAUACAUAUGAGAAUCUGAAGGAGGGCUUUAAUACUGUCGGAUAUAAUGAGAGGCAAUUAGAAUUUACAAGCCCGAGAUGUGUUUCCCUUCUGAAUCAUCUCCGAAUAUAUGCCCCAGAGCUCUUUCCAAAUCUAAACAAGAUCAUUUUCUUGGACGAUGAUGUAGUUGUACAACAUGACUUAUCAGCUCUAUGGCAAGUGAAUCUCAACGGAAAGGUUGUUGGUGCAGUUUUUGAGUCGGGGUGUGGACCUGACUGUUGUCCGGGAAGAAAGUACAAGAAUUACUUCAAUUUUUCGAACUCAUAUAUAUCUUCCAACUUGAAUGAGGACCAAUGUGGAUGGUUGUAUGGAAUGAAUGUUUUUAAUCUUGAAGCGUGGAGAAACACAAAUAUCACUGCAACUUAUCAUCAAUGGCUCAAGUUUAACCUUGACUCUGGUUUGGAUCUAUGGAAUCCCGGAGCUCUGCCUCCUGCUUUGCUUGCGUUCAGUGGCUUUGUACAUCCAAUUCACCCUUCAUGGCACAUGGCAGGUUUAGGCUAUCGAUUUCCUCAAGUUGGCUUAGAGGCUUUAAAAGCUGCAACUGUUUUACAUUUUAGUGGGCCAGCAAAGCCAUGGCUUGAGAUUGGGGAUUCUAAGGUACGAAGCUUGUGGACAAGACAUCUAAAUUACUCAAAUGAAAUAUUAAGGGAAUGUAGAAUCCGAGAGUGAAGAAAAAAGCUUAUGCUCCAUUUAGUUGGGGAGAAAAAUGAAUUAUUUACUCUCUCCGAAUAUUUAUUCAUGACUUUCAUUAAUUCCUCUGCUCAAUUCCAACAACUUCAAACUAGAACUUAAUCCCACCAAGGAUGAGUGUUCAUUCU